UAGUGAAUGCAGGGUCGGGGGAGAGCGGAUAUAGUGAAUGCAGGGUCGGGGAGAGCGGAUAUAGUGAAUGCAGGGUCCGGGGAGAGCGGAUAUAUAGUGAAUGCAGGGUCCGGGGAGAGCGGAUAUAGUGAAUGCAGGGUCGGGGAGAGGAUAUAGCGAAUGCAGAGGGCGAGAGCGGAUAUACGGAUAUAGUGAAUGCGGGGUCCGGGGACGAGCGGAUAUAUAGUGAAUGCGGGGUCCGGGAGAGCGGAUAUAGUGAAUGCCGGGUCCGGGGAGAGAGGCGGAUAUAGUGAAUGCAGGGGUCCGGGGAGAGC